CAGUGAUUUUGAUGAUCACAUGUACCUAAUGAUUGCAAACCUCUUGUUUACUUUCUCUUAUUUUUCUAACAGACAGUGAAGUGAAACCAUGGCAUCAGCUAUUCUCAGAGUAAUCCUAGGGCCAGACAGCUGUCAGAGGGUGCUGUUUUCCACUGGCCUGCCAUUAACUUUGGCUGAAAUAGAAACUGAGAUAAAGAAUCAGUGUAAAAUAAAUGAACCCUUUCGGCUUCAGUUCAUGGACACUCUUUUUGGCAAUGAGUUUAUGAAUUUAACUUCCACUGAGGAAAUUCAAGACAAAGCUACACUCAAGGUCAUAUACACAUCCAGCAAACCUGUGAACAUUGACACUGGUCAGUGUGUUGAAAGUUGCUCCAUCCCACCAUCCAGUUAUCUUGAUGACAGCACAUCAUCUUCUAGAGAUAGCACUGUGAUUCUCUCAUCUCCGGAAUCCACUUCUUCACGGUCUUCAUGGCCAGAUAUGUUCUGUGUUCCACAUUUUCCAUAUGAUGCAGAGCUCAAGCUUCAGGAGGCAAACAAAGCUUUUAAAGAAAAAGGGACAUUGCUGAUCCCCGAUCCAAAGCUGAAGUCUGAUAUACUGGAAGUGUUGAUUCAGGAGAUAGUUAAAUAUAAAGUGUAUGUUACAGACAGAGAGUUUGACCAAGUUGCAGAGGCACUCAUCAUGAGGCAUCCAUGUUUACAAGAAACGGGUUCAGCAACAGGCUAUGGGGGUUGGAAGACCAGUCUCAAAUACAAGUUAUCCAACUACCGCACACAUCUCCGGAAAGUAGGAUGUCCUGAAGUAUGUGUAAAUGCUUUGAAACAUAAACCAGAUGGAAAACGUUGUCCUGCCUUUGAUGUUAAAAAGCCAAAGAGGGGUGAAGUGGCUUACUGUCCUCCCUUUCCACUUGGAGAAAGCUACCAGUCCCUGGAGAAGAUGAGGGUUGAACUGCUUUCAGAAAUCAAAAAGCGUAAUAACAGAGAGGUGAUUAGAGCCAAAAUGGAAAAAACAUUUCCAUUAAGAAGACAAGAAAUAGUUCGUGAUGCUCCCAUGAUCAGUGAUGUACAAGAGAGAUGGCCAGCUCUCUUUGACGUAAUGGAGAUAAAUGCAGAGUUUAAGCGCAUCACAACUAUGCCGCUACAGUCGAGGUUUCUGUCACAGCUUGACUUACACUCCUCAAAUCUGUUGAGGGUAUUCGCAAAGCGAUCAGGACAGCAGGGCACAAAGCUUAAAGACUUGACGGCCAUGGUGACGGAGAAUGACAUUGAUGUCUGCAGGGAGUGUGUCAUAAAAGGACUCUGCAUAUACCUCAACGAGGAUCCUGAUGGUCUGGUGCAGGAGUAUAUGCCUGUCCUAGACAAUCUCAGCUGCGUUUAG